AAGUGAACUCAUUAUCUUGUGUUUGUGCAGUACCCUAUGCCCCCAUUCACCAUCACACCACCACCCAUCCAUCCUUCUAUCCAUAACCAUUUCCUUUCUCAUUCAAACUCUCACUCACACUCACCACCACCUGCUCAAUCCACUCAUGAACUCCUUCAACCUUUACACUAUAAGAUACCCACCAUAGUAUAGGUUACCACUUUUCCCCAACUUUAUCUGCAAUUGCUUCUUCUUCUUAAUGGCUGAACUUGCUUUCACGCACCCUCAUCACGUUUUUCGUCCCAACACCCCCUUCAUUAUCCCACCCAGGAGGCACAUAUGCCAUCAUGUACCACUCCACAGUGUAUUUCGCUUCAUCUACAGUAUGAAGAACCAUAAAUCAGUCAGAACUUUAGCUGCAUUGUCGACUGGUAAAGGAAAGUCAGCUACUAAUGUUGAUGAGUUAUGCAAGAUCAUUUGGACUGUGGAAGCAGAUUUAGAAGAUGGUCACCUCCUGUAUCUAACUGGUGAUCUUGCUGUAUUAGGCUGCUGGAAACCAAACAUGGCUGUACUAUUGUCUCGUACAGAGCAUGCUAACAUAUGGAAAGCUGAAUUUCCGAUUGCUUUUGGCUUGAACUUUAAAUAUAACUAUUUCAUAAAGGGUAAAGUGAAGUCCUCAAAUGACAUUAUUUGGAGGCCUGGACCAGCCUUUUCUCUGUCAGUACCUCUAAAAGUCAUUGAAGACAAUAAAAUAGUGGUCAGGGAUUCAUGGAUCAGGUCGUAUUCCCAAAUGUCUUCUACUCAUUCACGGAGCCCCUUCACAGAGGAAACAUAUCUUCUUGAGCAACCCUCUAUUUCUUUCCUGAGCAAAGAUGAUGGAAGGAUUGAGAGUCUCCUUGAAAAUGACAUCCUAAAUUUUGAGACACUUGGUUUGGAAGAUCAAUUACUUUACGUCAAUGAUGAUGACUUGGUGAUUGCAAAUGACAAGGAUUUCCAGUCUACUAAUAUUCUUUCUGAGAAUUACCAGCCUGUUGAGGAACCCUGGCUACACCCUUCCAUUCCCUCUAAGGAUAAAAUAGAAUCAAACAAAUCUGAAACUGGUGAAACUGUAGAAGAGAAGGUGAAGCUGGUAGAUAGAGAAAAGUUGUUACUUGAAGAAAGUAGUAAUAUAAUGUCAAAAGAAUCAAUUUCAACCAUUAUUCUUAUUAACUCAUCAAUAUGUACGAUGCAAAGAAUUGCAGUACUGGAGGAUGAAAAAUUGGUUGAAUUAUUGUUGCAACCAGUCAAGAGUAACGUGCAAUGUGAUAAUGUAUAUGUCGGGGUGGUCACAAAGCUUGUUCCUCAUAUGGGUGGGGCUUUUGUUAAUAUUGGGAAUUCUAGAUUUGCUUUUAUGGAUAUUAAACAAAAUAAGAAGCCAUUUAUAUUCCCUCCAUUUCGUCAAAGGACAAAGAAACAAGAGAUUGAUCUUGAGGAAAAAAAUGAUCAUAUGUCUCAUGAAGGAGAGGAUGGUUAUUUAAAAUCUGUGCACAAUGACUGUGAUGAGCAUGACGGAGAGGAUGAGUUUUAUAUUUCUGAAGUUCUUAAGGAAAAUGGGAAUGGGAGCAUGGUUGACGAUGAAGUAGAAGCUGACUUUGAGGAUGAUAUAGAGGGAAGUGAUGUUCAAGUAGAAGGAGAAGCAAAUAACAGUCCUCUUGCUGUUGGUAUGAAUGGGUCUGUCAACCCUCUUAUGUUGCAAACAAAAGAUACAAAGAGAGCUACCCACAAAGCUUCUGGAGAAAACAAAUGGAGCCAAGUUCGCAAGGGAACCAAAAUAAUUGUCCAAGUUGUCAAAGAGGACCUUGGUACAAAGGGUCCCACUCUGACUGCUUAUCCUAAACUAAGAAGUAGAUUCUGGGUUUUGCUUGCAUGCUGCGAUAAAGUUGGAGUCUCCAAAAAGAUUUCUGGUGUUGAGCGCACGAGGUUGAAGGUUAUAGCAAAGACAUUGCAGCCUGAGGGUUUUGGCCUCACUGUAAGAACUGUUGCCGCUUGUCAAUCUUUUGAGGAACUUCAGAAAGACUUGGAAGGGUUGCUUUCAACCUGGAAAAAUAUAACGGAACAUGCAAAGUCUGCUGCUCUUGCUGCCGAUGAAGGGGUGGAUGGAGCUGUUCCUGUAAUUUUGCACAGGGCAAUGGGUCAAACUCUCUCAGUGGUCCAGGAUUAUUUCAAUGAAAAUGUUAAGAAAAUGGUGGUCGAUUCUCCAAGAACAUUCCAUGAGGUGACCAGUUACCUUCAAGAAAUUGCCCCUGAUCUUUGUGAUCGAGUUGAAUUAUAUGAUAAAAAAAUUCCGUUGUUUGAUGAAUUCAACAUUGAAGGAGAGAUAGGCAAUAUACUCAGCAAAAGGGUUCCUCUUUCCAACGGAGGCUCUCUAAUCAUUGAACAAACUGAGGCAUUAGUUUCUAUUGAUGUAAAUGGAGGACAUGGGAUGCUUGGUCAUGGAAAUUCACAACAACAAGCUAUUCUAGAUGUCAAUCUUGCCGCUGCCAAACAAAUUGCAAGGGAGUUGCGACUACGGGAUAUUGGUGGUAUCAUUGUAGUAGAUUUCAUUGAUAUGACAGAUGAAGCAAAUAAAAGAUUGGUCUAUGAAGAAGUCAAGAAAGCCAUUGAGAGAGAUAAAUCAAUGGUGAAGGUCUCUGAAUUGUCCAGACAUGGACUUAUGGAAAUAACUCGGAAGAGGGUGCGGCCAAGCGUGACAUUCAUGAUUAGUGAACCAUGUGCUUGUUGCCAUGCCACAGGCAGGGUGGAAGCUUUAGAGACAUCCUUCUCAAAGAUUGAACAGCAAAUCUGUCGGCUUCUUGCAACGAUGGACCAUAAGCCAGACCCUGAAAAACCCAAGUCGUGGCCAAAAUUUAUUCUGAGGGUUGAUCAUCGUAUGUGUGAGUACUUGACUUCAGGGAAAAAGACAAGACUUGCGACAUUGAGCAGUUAUCUCAAAGUCUGGAUUCUCCUGAAGGUUGCUAGAGGGUUGACUAGAGGAUCGUUUGAGGUCAAACCAUUUACGGAUGACAAGGUGGAAAAAAACCAGCAUCAAGUUGCCAUUUCAAUGUUAAGAUCCUCGGAGGCCAGAACCAAAAAGCCUGGCCAGAAUGUAACUCUUGUUCAAGUGAAAAAAUCAAAGGCUAGGGGAAAAUGAACAGUUCUUCCUUGAAAUGUUAUAUGAUAUUGUUCCACAUGAAUUUUGUUUUUGCCAUACUCAGGGAGUAAAACUUUGGUCAAAGCUUGGGAGGGCAAAAAUAAUGAGUUCACUUUUGGGAGUAAGUUAAAAUGGCUCUAAUAGGUACAGCUUUUAGGAAAGUAAAUGCCACCCCCAAACUUAUCUCAACGAGCAAUUUUGUUCAUAAUUUUUUCAAGUGAUUACAGGUAGCAGCACUCUUCACAUCAUUUGACAUACCAAUCAACUCUGCCAUGGAAGGAUAAGAAAGAGAAACCCGGGCACUCCAGCAAUCAUUUAGCAUGAUCUACAGAAAUAAAAUUCACAAUGAUUGAAAAUUUUACUUCCUGUCCAAGCGAGAGAAAACAGUUCAAGAGUAGUGCUAGUGUCGUCAUAAAAAACAAUAGCAUGAGUAUAGUUAUGAAUGUUGCAGUGCUACCCCCAUGAAUUUUAUUUUUGUACAUCAUUUUUUGAUAUUAUUCUUAUAAUUUCUCAAUAUUUUAUGUUUACUCACAUUUGGGUGAAAAUGAGUUAAAUUGAGGUAGAUUGUGAUGUUCAAGGCA